AUGCCAUGUGCGCGGAGGAGCCGGCUGGCGGCGCUCGCUGUGGUGGCUCAGCUCCUGCAUUGGGGGGCGCUCUGCCGUGGAAGACAGCCUCAGCCGCACCCAGGCCCCCCCGUUCGCUUCCCGGACCCCAGGCAAGAGCAUUUUAUCAAGGCCCUGCCGGAGUACUACAUGGUGGGACCUGCCCGUGUGGAUGCCUAUGGGGAGUUUCUAUCCUAUGGCUUGAACCAUCCCAUCUCCACCAGCAGGAGCAAGAGAGACGUGGAUGGCUCCCAGGACCGAGUAUACUAUAAAAUUGCACACGAGGAGAAGGACCUGAUGUUUAACUUGACAGUCAAUCGGAGAUUCCUUUCCAAUAGUUACAUCGUGGAGAAGAGAUAUGGGAACCUGUCCCAUGCUAAGAUGGUGGCUGCUUCAGGGCCUCCCUGCCAUCUGAGGGGUACAGUUCUUCAACAGGGCGUCACAGUUGGAACAGCAACUCUCAGUGCCUGCCACGGACUGACGGGCAUUUUCCACCUCCCACAUGGAGACUUCUUCAUUGAGCCUGUUAGAAAGCAUCCGCCGGCCGAGGAAGGGUACCAGCUACAUGUCGUGUACAGGAGGCAGAGGCAGAGAGUUGCAGAAACAGAGGAGCCAACAUGUGGAUUAAAAGACAGUGACACCAACCCUAAGAAGCAGGAGCUACAGCGAGAAAAGUGGGAGAGGAGCCAUUUGCCAAGCAAAAGCCUCUCUCGGCGCUCCAUAAGCAAGGAAAGAUGGGUGGAGACUCUGGUUGUGGCUGACACGAAGAUGGUUGAAUAUCACGGGGGUGAGAAUGUGGAGUCCUACAUCCUAACCAUCAUGAACAUGGUCACUGGAUUGUUUCAUAACCCAAGCAUUGGUAAUGCGAUUCACAUUGUUGUGGUUCGGCUCAUCCUCCUUGAAGAAGAGGAGCAAGGACUAAAAAUAGUCCACCAUGCUGAGAAGACACUGUCCAGCUUCUGUAAGUGGCAGAAGAGCAUCAAUCCCAAGAGUGACCUCAACCCUGCCCACCAUGAUGUGGCUGUCCUUCUCACUAGAAAAGACAUCUGUGCGGGCGUCAACCGGCCCUGUGAGACCCUGGGCCUGUCUCAUCUGUCAGGAAUGUGCCAACCUCACCGGAGCUGUAACAUCAAUGAAGACUCAGGCCUUCCUCUGGCUUUCACCAUUGCCCAUGAGCUUGGACACAGCUUUGGCAUCCAACAUGAUGGGAAAGACAAUGACUGCGAACCUGUGGGAAGGCACCCGUACAUCAUGUCCCACCAGCUCCAGUACGACCCCACCCCGCUGACAUGGUCCAAAUGCAGCAAGGACUACAUCACUCGAUUUUUGGACCGAGGCUGGGGGUUUUGUCUCGAUGACAUCCCAAAAAAGAAAGGCUUGAAGUCCAAGGUCAUUGCUCCUGGAGUGAUCUAUGAUGUUCAUCACCAAUGCCAGCUCCAAUAUGGCCCCAAUGCUACCUUCUGCCAGGAAGUAGAAAAUGUUUGCCAAACACUGUGGUGCUCAGUGAAGGGCUUUUGUCGAUCCAAACUGGAUGCUACUGCAGACGGAACACGGUGCGGUGAGAAGAAGUGGUGUAUGGCUGGCAAGUGCAUUACGGUGGGAAAGAAGCCAGAAAGCAUCCCUGGAGGCUGGGGCCGCUGGAGUGCCUGGUCCCACUGCUCCAGGACCUGUGGGGCCGGAGCCCAGAGUGCAGAGCGGCUCUGCAACAACCCUGAACCAAAGUUUGGAGGGAAAUACUGUACUGGAGAAAGAAAACGCUAUCGCCUGUGCAAUGUCCACCCCUGUCGCACAGAUUCACCAACAUUUCGGCAGAUGCAGUGCAGUGAAUUUGACACUGUUCCCUACAAGAAUGAAUUCUAUCGUUGGUUUCCUGUUUUUAAUUCAGCACGCCCUUGUGAGCUCUACUGCCGACCCAUAGAUGGCCGGUUCUCAGAGAAAAUGCUGGACGCGGUCAUUGAUGGUACCCCUUGCUUCGAAGGUGGCAACAGCAGAAAUGUCUGUAUUAAUGGCAUAUGUAAGGUGGUGGGCUGCGACUAUGAGAUCGGUUCCAAUGCCACAGAGGACCGCUGUGGGGUGUGCCUCGGAGAUGGUUCUGCCUGCCAGACUGUGAGGAAGAUGUUUAAACAGAAAGAAGGAUCUGGUUACGUCGACAUUGGGCUCAUUCCCAAAGGAGCAAGAGACAUCAGGAUAAUGGAAAUCAAGGCAGCUGGAAACUUCCUGGCCAUCAGAAGUGAAGACCCAGAAAAACAUUAUCUCAAUGGCGGAUUUAUCAUCCAAUGGAAUGGGAACUAUAAGCUGGCAGGGACGGUCUUCCAGUAUGACAGGAAAGGAGACCUGGAGAAACUGAUGGCCCCCGGCCCCACCAAUGAGUCAGUUUGGAUCCAGCUGUUAUUCCAGGUAACAAACCCUGGCAUCAAAUAUGAAUACACAAUCCGAAAAGAUGGCCUCGACAAUGAUGUGGAGAAGUUGAUGUACUUCUGGCAGUUCGGCCGCUGGACAGAAUGCAGUGUUACCUGUGGGACAGGGAUCCGCCGCCAGACAGCCCAAUGUGUGAAGAAGGGUCAUGGCUUGGUGAAGGCUACAUUCUGUGACCCAGAAACACAGCCCAAUGGGAGACAGAAGAAGUGCUAUGAAAAAGACUGUCCACCCAGGUGGUGGGCAGGGGAGUGGGAAGCCUGUUCAGCGACGUGUGGCCCCUAUGGAGAAAAGAAGCGAACGGUGCUGUGCAUCCAGACCAUGGGCUCUGAUGAGCAAGUUCUCCCAGCUACAGACUGCCAGCACCUGCUGAAGCCCAAGGCCCUCAUUUCCUGUAACAGAGAUAUCUUGUGUCCAUCAGACUGGACAGUGGGCAACUGGAGUGAGUGCUCUGUUUCUUGUGGUGGUGGAGUGCGGAUUCGCAGUGUCACAUGUGCCAAGAACCAUGAUGAACCUUGUGACAGGACAAGGAAACCCAACAGCCGAGCUCUAUGUGGCCUCCAGCAAUGUCCGUCUAGCCGGAGAAUUCUGAAACCCAACAAAGGCACAAUUUCCAAUGAGAAAAAUCUACCAACAUCUGAUCCCUCCAAGCCCAUCCCUCCACCUACCCUCAGGCCCACGGUGCUGACCACACCAAUGGUGACUGAGUCUGUGAGCCUAAGCACUCCAGCCAUCAACAGCACUAGCUCCACCACAGCCUCCAAAGGAGACCUGGAGGGAAAAAACUGGCAACAGAGUUCAACCCAAGCUGAGCUAGACACCCACCAUCUCAUUUCCCCUGGAAGCACUUCUCAGCCGGCUCUCACUUCCUGGUCUUUGGGCACUCAGCCCAAUGAAGGAAAUGUUUCCAAUUCAGAUACCACUGCUGCCUCCCAGGAAGACAGUACAUCCACAGCAACAAGUGGUUCUGACUUGGCAUCAUCUAGCUAUGCUGUGACCUGGCAGAUAACUACUUUCUGUAAUACCUUGACCAGAGAUCCAGACAUGGAGAUUCAGAGUGGUUCAGGGGAGGGUAGUGAACAGCAUGAGAACAAAGAUGACAGUAACUCGGUAACAUGGAGUAAGAUCAUAGAACCUGAAAAGGAUGAUUCAGCAGAAAGAGGUACAGAGAUACCACUUGGACCUCCACCAACACCUUAUCUUGAGGAUCAUUUCUUGAGUCCUUUCAGCACUGAGAGGGAAGGACUCCUACCUAGCCCAAGACCCAUUACCUUUAAAAAUGGGACCCUCAGAGCUGAGAGUUUGGUCACUGAAAAGCCGAGUCACAGCCCAUUCCCUCUUGAAGGAGACCACCAGACAGUACCUUCAGAGAAGUCAGCAAACUACACGAGUGUUACACAAGGCGCUGGACCUGUUACACAAGGUUCUAGACCAGUCCUGACCGAGGAAGAUGCAUCCAGUCUCAUUGCGGAGGGGUUUUUGCUGAACGCUUCUGAUUAUAAGCAGUUCUCCAAAGGCCACAGACCUGCAUACUGGAUUGUUGGAAACUGGAGUGAAUGCUCCACCACCUGUGGAUUGGGGGCCUACUGGAGGAACGUGGAGUGUAGCACCCAGAUGGAUGCCGACUGUGAGUCCAUUCAGAAGCCCGACCCGGCUAAGAGAUGCCACCUUCGUCCCUGUGCUGGCUGGAGAGUAGGAAACUGGAGCAAGUGCUCUCGAAACUGCAGUGGAGGCUUCAAGAUCCGAGAGAUUCAGUGCAUGGACAGCCGAGACCACCGGAACCUGAGGCCGUUCCACUGCCAGUUCCUGGCCGGCAUUCCUCCCCCACUGAGUAUGAGCUGCAACCUGGAGCCCUGUGAAGAGUGGCAGGUGGAGCCCUGGAGUCAGUGUUCCAGGUCCUGUGGAGGUGGGAUUCAGGAGAGGAAGGUGUCUUGUCCAGGAAGCCUCUGUGACUGGACCAAAAGGCCACUGUCCACUGUCCCCUGCAAUAGUCACCUUUGUUGUCACUGGGCCACUGGGAACUGGAACUUGUGCAACACUUCUUGUGGAGGUGGAUUUCAAAAGAGGACCGUCCAUUGUGUCCCUUCAGAGGACAAUACAACUGAAGAGUCAGACCAGUGCCUGUGUGAUCAUGAACCCAGACCUCCAGAAUUCCAAAAAUGCAACCAGCAAGCCUGCAGAAAGAGUGCUGAUAUACAUUGUACCAAGGACAGGUUGUCGGCCAGUUUCUGCCAGACACUCAAAUCCAUGAAGAAAUGUUCUGUGCCCACGGUGAGGGACCAGUGCUGCUCCUCAUGUUCCCAGACACACAGCAUCCACAUGCAACGGCCAAGAAAACAGCAACUGCUCAAAAAACCCAAACUUCCCUAAGUCUGGAAGAAAGCCACCCUCCACCAUAGACUGCCAUAGCCUGCUGAUUGUGACAUGUGUUAGCCCGGAGGCUGCUCCACUGAGGUUUUCUACUUUUUUCAGGUUUAGCUUUGGAUUAUAGCAGAGUUAAAUACACUGUGUCCCUCUAGCCACAAAACAUCCCAAGCAGGAGGUCCGGGACUCCCACCCUUGCUGCUCCUCACAGGAAGGUGAAGUGUCCAGGAGUAUUCUCCAUUAGCUGGAAUCAGCAAUCGGGAAAGGUGACAGAUUAGACAAGUCUGUGUAAUGAUGUAUUUUCCCCUCUUAAAGCUAAAAACAAGAGACCAGAUUUUCUCGAGACUACCUCAGGAGAAGCAGGAAACACAGCCACGUUUACCCAGGGAACAAAUCAUCUUUUGAGUAGAUCCUCCCCAUUGACCUGAGAUAAGGUGCUGUUUAAGAUAUGGAGAUGAGUUAGGAAUAU